UGCGUCCUCCUCCCUCGCAUUGCUAGCAAAUCGUCCCAGCUAGCUAGUAACCUUCUGAAACAAUUUAAUCUGUGUUAGUAUUAUGAAUUUAGAAAUUUAUGUGCUUUAGCUUAUUGGAGUUUCCUCAUUCUUGAUAGCAACUUUCCCUACAAAAUGAACAUACGAAACGCAAGGCCGGAAGACCUUAUGAAUAUGCAGCAUUGCAACCUGCUGUGUCUUCCAGAAAACUACCAAAUGAAGUACUACUUCUAUCAUGGUUUGUCGUGGCCUCAGCUCUCCUACAUUGCAGAGGAUGAAAACGGCAAAAUAGUUGGAUAUGUGUUGGCUAAGAUGGAGGAGGACCCAGAUGAUGUACCUCACGGUCACAUCACAUCGCUGGCUGUUAAACGUUCCCAUAGACGUCUGGGUCUGGCUCAGAAGCUGAUGGACCAGGCUAGCAGGGCCAUGAUUGAAAAUUUCAAUGCUAAAUAUGUCUCACUUCAUGUUCGCAAAAGCAACCGAGCUGCCUUGCACUUGUACUCAAACACACUGAAAUUCCAGAUUAGUGAAGUUGAACCUAAGUACUAUGCAGAUGGGGAGGAUGCGUACGCCAUGAAAAGAGACUUGGCUCACAUGGCUGAUGAGUUGAGAAAGCCUGGUGUGCGUGUUUUGGGGCAGGAGGUGCCAUCUGCCCAGAGCCUGACAGCUUCUGGUGACCAGGACAGAGAGGGGGAAAGAGACAGUGGAGGAGAGAGCAAAGAGCUGAGUGAAGUCAGCGAGGCAACAGAAAGCACAGACGUUAAAGAUUCUUCCUCUGAUUCACAAUGACUCCACCAUCUUAGCAAUUUUUUUAUUAUUAUUUUAAAUUCAUCCCUUAAUUUCUUCUUUAUCUCCCAUCUGACAAUAUUUUUGGCUUCAUAAACCAUGACCAUCUGUUCAUCUCAGCUGUUUACACAUACAGUGAUCCAAUUUUUUGUUUUCACAAAUUUUUUUCCUACAGAUGAGUCUUUUUACACUGUACCAAUCAACAAAGGAGACGAGGAGAAUGGAACAAAUGGGGAUUUUUUAAAAUGAGACUCGUGUCAAAAUUCAUAACCAGGUUCAAAGUUGUUAGACUUACUGCUGUCACCACUUUUGGAAGUGGCACAAGCUCCUGUUAGACUUACAAAGUUGAAAACAUAAAUAAUGUUUUUCACUUUGUCUCAAUCAGGUCUCUUGAGUGUUCAGCAAAAAUUGUCUAAAUAAAUGUUUAAAAUAAUA